AUGCUGUUUUCAAACGAGGAUGGAAGUCCGUACUUUUUGGAAUCUGAUGCCAUCGAUCCGACGGCGUACCGAGAGAAUCGCAUCAAGCAGCUUAAGGAGGCUGGAGUGGAAGCGUAUCCACAUUCCUGGGACGUCGAUGCCACAGUUUCGGAGCUCAUCAAGAAGUUCAGUGACCUCGAGGACGGCGAGCGUCGAGACGAGGUGGAGUUCCGAGUUGCUGGUCGCGUGAAGAGCCUCAGGUCAUCAGGCGCCAAGCUGAAAUUUUACGACCUCGUGGAGGGCGGUGAGCGCAUACAGGUGAUGUGCAGCCCGCAGAUGCACGAGGGCUCUGAUUUCAAGGAGGCCCAUGCCAAUAUUCAUCGCGGAGAUGUUUUGGGCGUGCGGGGUGUCAUUGGCAAGUCCAAGCGCGGGGAGCUUUCGCUUUUUCCUAAGGAGGUGAAGCUUUUGUCCCCAUGCCUGCACAUGCUCCCAAAGGACUACUCAGGCUUGAAGGAUCAGGAGACUAGGUAUCGAAAGCGAUACCUGGACCUUAUGAUCAAUGACGACGUAAGAACAACCUUCUUGAUGCGAUCUUCCAUUACCAACUUCAUCCGGCAGUUCCUCCAGGACCGAGGAUUUCUUGAGGUGGAGACCCCGAUGAUGAAUGCAAUCCCGGGUGGUGCUUCGGCCAAGCCUUUCAUCACCAGACAUAACGAGUUGAAUAUGGACUUGUACAUGAGAGUUGCUCCGGAGCUGUACCUGAAGAUGCUAGUGAUUGGUGGCUUAGAUCGGGUUUUCGAGAUUGGCCGCAACUUCCGCAACGAGGGGAUUGAUCUGACUCACAAUCCUGAGUUCACUUCAUGCGAGUUUUACAUGGCUUAUGCAGACUACGAGCAGCUGAUGACCAUGACGGAGGAGCUCAUCAGCUCAAUGGUGCGAGAGCUCACCGGGAGUUAUGUGCUUGCCUACCAUCCGCAUGGCCCGGAGAAAGAAUCAGUUGAGAUUGACUUCACGCCCCCAUGGCCGCGGGUGUCUUUGGUGGAAGAGAUCGAGAAGCAAGCUGGGGUGAAGCUCCCCAGAAACUUCGAGGACGAGUCAGCUCGCAAGGCCUUGGAUGACUUGGCGAGCUCUCUUCACAUCGACUGCCCGGCACCUCGGACGACGCCACGGCUGCUGGAUAAGCUUUGUGGCCACUUCAUAGAGGACCGCAUUGUGAAUCCCACUUUCAUCACUGAGCAUCCACAGGUGAUGAGUCCUUUGGCCAAGUGGCACCGCAGCAAAGUUGGCCUCACAGAGCGCUUCGAGCUCUUCGUCAUGGGAAAGGAGCUGUGCAACGCCUACACGGAGCUGAAUGAUCCGGAGAGGCAGCUGGCCUGUUUUCAGGACCAAGCCGAAGCCAAGGAUGCCGGAGACGAGGAGGCACAAAGCGUUGAUCUUGGCUUCGUCACGGCGCUGGAACACGGUCUACCCCCGACAGGCGGAUGGGGCUGUGGAAUCGAUCGCUUGGUCAUGUUCCUCGCGGACAAGAACAACAUCAAAGAGGUGAUCCUUUUUCCGGCAAUGAAGCCUCUCCCCAACAGCCAGGAGGCUUCCAAAGACACUGAAGCCGUGGCGACUGAAUGA